AUGGCUUCUCAAGUCACUGCAAGACAUUUUCAUCCUUAUUCACACUUAAAUCCAGUUGAUUCACUUCACAAGAUGCAUCUAAACCAACACAAAGAUCUGUUGAAGAGAAUGUAUAUGCCUUUUGUACGGGGACCUGAAGACAGGCAUUUCUUUGCCAGUUUCCAAGAGAAGGAUAGUAAUGCUUUUCUGAAAAUCAACCCUUUCCUUCCUCCUGAAGAUAAAAGCUACCUUUUAGCACCGCAUCGGGAUGAUGUACCAAUAAUCAACACUAGUUCAGGAUUUGUGAGCCCAGGUGGUAAAGUUGACCGACAAAUCUUAGAUAACAAAGACUAUGAACCCCUGCAAGAUGGCAAAGAUACACAUUCUUCACAGCAGGCAUCUGCAUUUUGCAGAAGAAGCCAAGUUCGUGACAGAAACGCUUUACUGUUGAAAGAAAGAAAUCAGAACCAACGGUGGAAUUCUAGAGCAGUACCUGACAUUUCUGUGAGAUCAAGACUUGGAGGAUGGACAAGUCCAGUAAAAGUCAUACCACAUCCACCUAAAGCCAAAGAAAAUUUUAUACCUCAUACAUUUGUAUUUCAUGUGGACACAGAUGUUCAGUCAAGUGAUCCUUCUUCUGAACCCUGCAGAGAUAAGAGAGCUUUGAAGUAUAUGUAUACAUCUACAACCCAGAGAGGAUAUGAAGAAGUUCCCUGGGAUAAUAUGUUAUCUCCCAAAGUCAGGCCUUCACAUUCAAGAUUACAACCCAUGAUGGAUAUUUCUACAAGCAAGCGAUAUGAACCAGUAGAAGAAAUAAGCCAAGUUGUUGGAGGUCUCUGGGACAGAUUUCAAAAGAGAAUGUUUACAGUACCACACAGGCCAAUACAGUUUGUUAGCCCAAGUUCUCGAACUCAGCAUAUUCCUUUGUACACAGGCUGUAUUGGUUCAGAGAAUUCUGAGGAUAUAGACAACCCCUUUGUUGACUUAAUUACCUACAACCGAGUUCAUACUACAGUGCCACAUUAUGUGAAAUCUUCACACUCUCCAAAUACCCUUGGAUACACCGGCAAGGUUCAUUGGUCAGCCACCCAACCAGUAAAUUCUAAUCUUCCACCAACAUUGCCAUCAAUAAUUUCACGAAUGUAUGGAUACUUAGCUGAAGAAGGACAGCCAAAAGAAUUCCCCCACUGGGGACCCAUGUCACAGAUCGUUACAACCACUGAACCACAGAAUUCUUUCAAUAAGAAGGAAAAAGAACAAUUUAAAAUGCGAAAAAAUGUUCAUCUCAGUGGGAAAUAAAAAUUGUAACAUGGAUUUGUUUUUAAAAACCAACACUUUUUCAGCGUUUGCCUUUAUGACAUAGAAAAGUCGCAUUCUAUAUAAUAAUACACUCAAGUACAUUGCAUAUUUUAACAAAAUAUACAUUUUUCCAUAUAGUUUUAUGAAAAUCCCAUAACUCAUUCAUUAAAAUAUAUUGAUUUCUCAAUUCUAUUAAUUAUGUCUUUAAUCCUAGUCAAAGGAAAGUGCCUUGAAGAAUAGUGUUCAUUUUUUACCUCUGGGACUUUUUUUUUAGCAUAUGACAUGUAUAACCAGGAAAGUCUACAUUGCUUUUUACCACAGAGUCCUAUGUUUCCCCAAAAAUAAGACCUAGUCUUAUUUUCUUUUGGGCUUGAAAAUAAGCACUCGGACUUAUUUUGGGGGAGGUCUUAGUUUUUUAAAGUGCAGGAGGCAAUGAGUGUGAGGGCCGAUGGGCUACUGCUGGCCCCACCCUCUCCGUCCCACUGUCUAUUUGCCCUCAGCUGCAACAGACCAAACUCUUAGCAUGCCCUGUCCUCUAUCCGCCCUGCCUGCUGGCCCAGCUACUGCUUGGGACACUUCUUGGCUGCGGAGGGCACUGUGCUGGCUGCCAAGCAGCUUCCCAUGCUGCUGCUGAUCUUAUUUAUUUUAUUGUUUUAUUUUGUCAAACACAACAAUAUGUAUUAGUAUAAGCAUGAAAUAACCACACAAAUUGAAUACAACCAAAGGGAACAUUAUGACAGGAAUGGUAGGCACGCUGGUGCUCUUCUGCAUGCCCCUUACAGACUUCUUAGGAAUGGAGUGAGGUCAACAGUAGACAGUCUUUGGUUAAAGUUUUGGGGAUUGUGGGGGCUCUUCAUUCUCCUGGCAGGGCGAGUGGAGGUCGGCACAUGCUUGGCCCCAAUUGAGGCUGCAGGCAAGCAGACAGUGGGAUGUAGAGAGCAGAACCCAAACACCUUUUGCCCAGAGGGAGAUGAAGCUUUGUCUGCUUGCAAAGGGGAUGCUUUGAAACAGAGCUAAUCCCUCUGUUUCAAACCGUCCCCUUUGCAUGGGGAAAAACUUUUCUCCAUCUAGGCAUAAAAUCGCCUAUUGGGCACUUGGGAAUGAAGCGAUUUGGCACCAGAGUAGUACCUAUUAUGAACUUGUACUUUAUAUGCUUUAAACUGCCAGGUGGGUAGGGGCUAGGGGUAAAUUAUAGGAGCUCACUCUGCCACACAAUGCUGUGACAUUGAACUGCCAGAGUGCUGACUAAUUUUGGCCAACAAGUCCUGUGUUUUUAUGUGCAACACCAUGUCUGGGACAGAAAGAUACAAUAUACAAAAGAGAUCAGUAGAAUUGUCUAAUACAGGGGUCUCCAACCUUAGCAACUUUAAGCCUGGAGGACAUCAACUCCCAGAAUCUCCCAGCCAGCAACAGCCAUUAAUUGACUAGAUUUCUUGGUCACAUGCAUGUAAAUCUGUUAGAAAUAAUUGCAAUCCUUUUUCUACUUAAAAACUGACUUAAAUAAAACAAAAAAAUUUGUUUGUAGCCUGUUGCAGUCUUUUCAC